UCAGUCCCCCCCUCCCCACCCCCUCGUUCAUCUCGCCUUCCCUUCUCCAUUUCAGAUAACCAAAGGGGGCGAUCGAAAUCGAAUCCCGUCUUCGUUUCUCUCUGACAGGCACUUCAUUUUCCAAACCCUAAUUCGCCCCGUAUAAUUUAAUCACCAGAGGAAACAAAUCCAUGGACGUUGAUCUAUCUGAAGGGAGUAAUUGUCAGACUCCAUCUUCAAAUGAAAAGUGGCUAGUUGCCAUACCUGUUGCAGGUGGUUCAUCUGGUGAAGGCUUGCCUUAUGCUCCUGAAGAUUGGCCCCAUCCAGGAGAUAAAUGGCGGUGGAAAGUAGGGAAUAGAAAGACUUCUUCUGGCCACUGGAUUGAUCGAUAUCUUUAUCCCCCUCCGCAUUUUUCAAAAGCUACUGGUAGCAAGUCGGGAUUUGCAAGCAGAUCAUCCCUUGAAGAAUAUAUUCGGAAGGAAUUUCCUGACAAGGAUGUUGAUUCCUUCUUUUCCUCUUUUAUUUGGAAGAUUCCUUGUGCUGGUUACACCCCAAGAAAAGGUACUGAGAAAAACAUAUAUAUCCAUGCAUCUCCCAAUAAUUUAGAUGUUAAUGAAUGUUCUGGAUCUGAAUCAGCAUUAGGGACAGGGGGUUGUAAAGCUGGAAAUAAAAUGUGCAGCCUUCAAGAGAAAGUAGGAAGCUACAGAUUGCCAGCCAAGGAUUGUGAUGUCUGCUGUAGUGAAGAUGGUUUCUGUCGUGACUGUUGUUGUAUUCUGUGCCGCAAAACUAUUGAUUGGGCAUAUGGAGGUUAUAAUUUUAUUAGAUGUGAGGCAACUGUGGAUGAAAAUCUUAUCUGUGGGCAUGUUGCACAUAUUGAAUGUGCCCUUCGUUCUUACAUGGGUGGGACUGUCGGUGGAGCCAUUGGUUUGGAUGUGGAAUAUUAUUGCAGACAUUGUGACCAUAAAACCAACCUUGUAUCACACGUGACCAAGCUUAUAAGAACAUGUGAAUCUCUUGACUCCAGGGGUGAUAUUGAAAAAAUUCUAAAUCUGGGCUUCUGCAUCUUGCGGGGCUCUGAUCAAAUGAUAGCAAGGAGCUUGCGGAACCAGAUUGGAUUUAUCUUGGAUAAGCUUAAACAAGGUGUUCCUCUUGGUGAAAUCUGGAAGAUGGAGGAUAGCAUCUCAUUGACUACUACAGAAGAUACUUCUUAUCUUGGAAAUGAGAUAAUGAUUUUAGGAGCAUCGGACAUUACAAGAUAUAAAAUAAAUGAUGGUCUCAAAGAUGAGGUUGAACAUCUGCAGAAGAAUGAUGCAGUUGAUGGGAGAACUCAGCUGCCAGUAUACAUAACUUCAGAUUAUGAUAAUGUCUCUCUGAAGCUUGAAGAUGACAUAGAUAAGAUACUUCAAGAGUUGAAAAAUUCACAAGAUUUGAACUAUCGAAUUGUGGAGCGAAAGCUUUAUGAUCAGAAAGAUUAUCUUCUCAGUUUAUAUCGACAACUUGAUUCAGAAAGAUCAGCACUUGCAAAUCCUAUGUCUUUACCUAAUCUUGGUGAUUGUGAUAAUCUUCUUGCCAAUGUUCUGGACAGAGUGGAUCAAAUAAAGCACGAGGAAGGAAAACUCAGGAAUAUGAUGAAAAUUGCUAAAGGAUAUGGGCAAACCAACAAAAAUAUCCUUCGUGAACACUUUGGACUAGCUGCUGAUGAUUGAACAAAGUUUAUGAAUGCCAUGGAUAAGCACACAUUUCCUGGUCUCCGUCCCAGUUUUCGACAUUCAUGGAACUGGAAAGACACUUGAUAUUUUGGAUGUGCUUAAUAUCAUAAGAGGUUUUUGUGUUGUAAAAUAAAGCAUGGACAAAGCUUAUACAUCUUGUUCAGUCAGAUGGUUUUGAGUUGUUUUGUAUUUCUCUGCAUUUGAUGGAAUAUAUCAAUUACUGAUCAUCUUGACCUCUGCUUCA